AUGGACUCUCUCCUAGAAAUGGGUGGGAAUCCCCUGGAGAACAGUGGUUUUGAACCUGGAGCCUUUGAUGGUCUGAAGCUCAACUACCUGCGCAUCUCCGAGGCCAAGCUCACUGGCAUCCCCAAAGAUCUCCCAGAGACCCUGAAUGAACUCCAUCUGGACCACAACAAAAUUCAGGCUAUUGAGCUAGAAGAUCUGCUCCGCUACUCCAAGUUGUACAGACUGGGCUUGGGCCACAACCAGAUCCGGAUGAUAGAGAAUGGGAGCCUAAGUUUCCUGCCCACCCUGAGGGAGCUGCACCUAGACAAUAACAAGCUAUCCAGGGUGCCUGCUGGGCUCCCAGACCUCAAACUCCUCCAGGUGGUCUAUCUGCACUCCAACAAUAUCACCAAGGUGGGCGUCAAUGACUUCUGCCCUGUAGGCUUUGGAGUCAAGCGGGCCUACUACAACGGCAUCAGCCUCUUCAACAACCCCGUGCCCUACUGGGAGGUGCAGCCAGCCACCUUCCGCUGUGUCACUGACCGUCUAGCCAUCCAGUUUGGCAACUAUAAGAAGUAGAGGCAGUGGUGGCCACUAUGGUGGCCCCAAUGGGAGGAGGGGUCUCUAAGGAACACAGAUGUCACAGAGAGAAAGGCAAAGCAAGGAAAAAAAGCCCCCUCCUUUGGUUCCUGACCCCAACUAGCUGCCCCACCACAGCCUCUUCUUGGCUCCCAAGCAUGCAGGUGGACACAAGACCUGGCCUCCAUCACCUGCUCCCCUCAGCUUCAGAGAUGCAUCACCCACCCACUGGGGUCACUCAGAGAGGGACCCCAUGAAGCUUUCUUCCUGUUCAUCCUCAGACAUCCUCAGCCUUAGGGAAAGAUGGUCCAUGGGUCUGCAGGGCAGAAGGAGUUAGUGGGGUUGGAGACAGUAGACUCCACCAUGGCCAUCUUCACCCGGACACAUGGUCCUUCUGUCAUUCUCCUGGGCCUUCCUUGCUGCCCUUGGCUGCUUUGACUUCAAGUUCACCAUCUGUCCAUCCCAGCCAUCUUGCUCUACCAGCCCCUGGACUGGCCUCUCUCUCUCUCUCUCUCUCUCUCU